CAUACACGAGAUCUGAGCCAAUUAUGCAUUUCCCUUAUUCUCUUUAUCACUUUUUGUAUCUCCUUUUAGUUUUACCAUGGCAUUGAAUGCGCAAGAGUUCAAUAUUGAGAUGGCGGCCGUCCCGAGAGAAUGCGUCAAGGAUGUUCUUAGAGCGUUACUGCAUUCCAUCUUUUUCCAUCGUCUGCUCGUCAAUGUCAUGCCGAGGGAACUGCGAGUAUUGGACACUACGGUAUCGAUUACAGACAGUCGAGAUGUGGAGAUGCUUAUCGAGGCCAAGAUUGCGGAGUUUCUACAGAAUACGAGCCCACCCCACAUUAAACAGGGCAAGUUAGGCGUACUAUUUUAUGAAAAGCGACUGAAGAAAAACUGGUUUCAAUUCUCCAAAUCCGAAGAACUGGUGUGUUGGGAACAAUGGACACUUACACUCAGUUUAAUAUAUCCUCAGAAUGAUCAAGAAAAACAGUCAUCCCAUCGGUUCGCUGAAAAGCAAUUAUCACAGUGUCUGCUGGACAUUUUACGUAUGGCAAACGAUCAUAAGGAACACAUCCCAUCCAUUACAACCACCGAAGGCAACCCAUUUCCAUAUCAGAUUGCGGUAUUGUCGCAAGCAGAAUCGUGGGGCACGAUGAUUAAACGGCUUUUGGUAACUGAUGCACCGACAAACGAUGCAGUCAAGGAGAAUACAGCAACAGGGACCAAACCACAGGAGGAAAAAGACAAACGCACAUCAACAGGCACAUUAUAAAACUUAUACCUUAUAAAAUAAGUAUUAUCUAUUAUUCGAAAACGAGCAAUGGUGUUCCAGUCUUAUGUUCAGGCAUCUGGCACGUUCUCAUUUUGGAAAUUUUAAGUGUGGGUCAAAGGGAGAUUACGGGCCGGGGUUUGUAAUAAAAAAUGCUCGACG